UGCCUGAAAGCUCCUUGUGCGUAUCACAACACUAGCCAUCCAGCACCAAGCCCCAACAGCCUCCAAUCAGCAAGAUGAAAUACUCGUACGCCUUUGCCGCUGCUCUCGUUUGCCUGGCCUGCGUCUCGGUGCAGGCAGCACCGCCCGCAGCUCAGGAAGAGGCGCAGGUGCUGCGCUACGAUUCGGAUGUGCAGCCAGAGAGCUAUAAGUUUAGCUUGGAUACAAGCGACAAAGCGCAUUAUGAGGAGGGCCAGCUGAAGAACGUGGGCACCGACCACGAGGCAAUCGCUGUGCGUGGCUACUACACCUAUGUGGGAGACGAUGGCAAGACCUACACGGUCAAGUAUGUGGCCGAUGAGAAUGGCUUCCAGCCAGAGGGCGAUCACUUGCCCCGUGCCGUUCAAUAGGCACACAGUGCACAGCAGUCAACAGACGGCGCUCAGUCAUGCAGCAUCCAUAUGUUAACUAGGUUUAAGAUCAAACAAAAUCAUUUCUCAAGCAACGCUAGCGAACAAACAAAUAGCGAAAACCAACUCAUUGUCAUGUUGAAUAAAAUGCCACCGGUUUCUCUUCCAUCUCAA